UAUAGAUAAAUAAUAAGAAUAAGAUAGAGAUGGUGAGUCUUUAUCUAGAGGAUUCAGCGUCUUUGAGUUUGUUUCUCCCUCCCUGGUAAACGAAUGGCUUCAAAUGCCAAGUGAAAACUAUUGCCGAAAUGAAUGGGUUAUCGUUACGAGUGUCAUCAGUAAGAGGCAAUGAAAAUGUAAAAAAAUAUUCCGAAAUGCGAAUGGAUUUAUUAAAAGUGCCUUCAUCAUGUGUUUGCCAGUCUGCAGACAACAAAUUUAUUUCUUCUUUGGCACAAGCAGCAUCUGUUGAUGAACAGAUUAGGAUACUAAAAGAGUAUUCGGUUUUCAUUUCAGACAUGGAAAAAUCUUUGCUUUCAAACGUUCAGACAUUGGCAGAUUUGUUUAUGGAAGCGCCAAUGAAACAUGCUGCAAAAAAUACUAUCACUAAGUUUUUUAGCCAAAUCACAAUAGGAAGAGACAUUGUGAUAUUAGGCUUGUCUAACACAAUAAAAAGUAAAUUGCAAAGCUACGACGGACAGCAAAAACAAACACUAGCUAGCCGUAACGCUAUAAUCAAUAGCAUCGGAAGUUGUUUCGACAACUUCAAAGUUGGUGUAGAUGCUAUUCGUAGUUGUUUGAAUGACAUCCUUUUAUUUUUCAAUAGAUCGUUAGUGUUGUAUUCUGAACAGCUAAGCCAGAACAUUUCUCCGUCAGACAAAAGUGAAAUAAGUUUAUUUAUUCAUUCAACAAUUCGAGUAGUGAUAUCAUGCUUCAAUCAAUUCUCGGCCAUAUUACGAAAUACAUACGAGGGCAAAAAAAAUGUAGAGAAGGUGAUUCUAAUAUGUUGGGAUUUGCUAGACAAUCCAGAGAUUCCAAUGGACACCAAAAUCAAUUGUGGAAUAUUGAUAACAAUGAAUGCAAACCUGGAAGGACGAUACUUACGGUUUACAGAGCGUAUCUUUGUAGAGGAAAAUUCCACAAAAAAACUUUGCCUGUUAAACGGAGUGAUAUGCACAAUAGAAAUAGAUUUUUUCAAUGAUCCAGACUACAAAGGUUUCAGUAUAUGCUCAAACAUUGCAAACAUAUUAAAAGAAAUCUCGGAAGAAAAUUCUGUUGAACCUAGCAUAGUCCUCGGCGUAACAAGGAGUUUUUUGCAAAUGACGAAAAAGCUAUUAUCUCUUCAAAUCGAAGAGUAUUUGAAACACGAUAAUCGAGAGCUGAUCGAAAUAUUAGCUGUAAAUUUAGGUUAUUCACUAUCACACCUAGAUCACUACAUGGACAGUGUACGGCAUCUUUGCAAAGAGCUUCUGAAGCUCACGAUUCAAUUGGGAACCAAAGUUAAUGAACAGUUGAACCACAUUAUCUACGAUUAUAUUAGAAACGUUAACAUCAAUAUCAACACGAAGUGUAUUUUGAUUAGUGCUAUUUCUUCUAUAGUGAAAGCAAAGGCUAUUUUGCAAGCGAUACCGAAUGUUACAGAAUUCCUGCUCAAAUCGCUCAUUGUUGACGAUCACGCAAACGUAAAUUUGCACGUGAAUAAUUGUUAUGAAUCGUUGAUGAUGUCUUAUGGCUACGACGACAAUAAGCGUGAAUGGUUCAACAAAUGGAUAAAUCCAAUAUUAUUGGAAAUAAUUAAGAACGACAACAAAUCGGAAAUCAAGCAAACGUUAUUCGAUUUGAUUCGCAAAGCGAUUAAGUCAUAUCCGGAGAUAGCGAUUUGCUUGAUUGACAGCGAAACCACGGUCAACUUUGGUCUAAUAUUAACAUCUUUGGGAAUAGCUAAGAAAAGCGGCCUGUUCGAUAAAAUUGAAUCAAAUGCCUUGAAAUGGAAAAACCUGCUUCCCUACAGAGACAUAAAGUUAGCUAUGAUAUCAGCUGAUGACUCAACAAGGAUGUCAGCAUUGCAUUUACUUACUGAAUAUCACAAAAGCACUGAAUUAUUCACCAAAGAGGAUCUUGAAUGCAUCCUGUUCUUUCUGGAGAACAAUAUAAAUGUACACGCUCCAUCCCUAAGGCAGAAGAUCACAUGCUACAUGAAGAAUGCUUUAAACCGACUGAAAUCUGGUUUUCUGAGUAUCAUAAAAAAGUCGGACACUGAUGGAAAGAGCCAUUACUAUUAUGCUUUUGUGAAAAAGUUACACCACUUUUGCAUAAACAAUUUAUUUAUUGGUGCAAACUACAGCAGAAGGACCAUUUCCUUCCAGAUAUUAAUUCAGUUAUUACAAAUUGCUAGCUACAUAUUUUACGACGAUGAAAACUCUAGCAUGUGGGACGAAGAUCAGAUUCACAAACUACUUAUAGCAUUGAACGAUAGCUAUGAGGCAAACAAAGAUCACUGUAUGAGUGUACUUUUAUAUUGUCCAAAAUUCUAUUUUGAAAAAUGCGACCAAAUAAUUAAUUACGAUAUUGCUCGAAUGCUGAUGACAAGUAUAAAACCAAACGAUACAUUAACUGCAGCGUACUAUCUAGAAUACUUGUGUUUCCUCAAUACAUAUAUUGAAGUACCAACAGUGUGCAGCGAGCCUUUUUCCUUAAUUCAAACAAAGACAUAUAAAACGUUAGUAUGGUGUAAUCAAAUUCUUCUACAUGGUUUGCAUAUAGCCAAAGUGUCAUUGCUUAGAGCAGCACGUGAAAAUCCCAUGUUUGGAUCUUUAGCCUGCAUACACCAUCUGUUAAACAAACUCGAUAUAAAAGAAAUCGCAAAAUGCGAUCUUUGGUUAAAAUUUAUUUCAAAUCUAGUGUGUACCUGUCGAGAAUUAAUACAAGUUGUCUCAGUUGUGGUUAAUAACUCUUCACCAGAAGGACAUUUACCUAAUGAUUUUAGCGCAAUUGAGGCGUAUGGGUUCGAUGAGGAUGUGGAGAUGCAAUCUGGAGAGGAAGAUGUUACAGAAGAAUCCCAUUCGAAUUUUAGAACAUCGCCACAAAUGGUAUUGUUAUGCUCUUGGCGUACAGUAAAAGAAGUAUCAUUUAUUCUGGGUGAUGUAGUAUUCAAAACGCCUGUAGCCAUAAGUCAACUUUCCGUCGUCAAUGAGAAUCAAAAUGACUGCGUCAGUUUAAUUAGCUGUGAUGAAAUCAUGCAAAUUGGAUCGAUUUUUACAGAGCUCUUGUCAGAAACAAAACAUCGAGGUGCUUUCGAACAAGCAUACGUUGGCUUUUCAAAGCUAUGUAUUCGAUUGUGGGGAUCGCAGCACGUAGAGCAGCACCAAUUGCCAAUGAAAUGGUUACAAGAGAUGAUAUCUAUGAUCAAUAGCGAUAGCAACAUUGACAUCUGUAAUAGCAAAAUCAAAUCGGAUAAGAUAUGCUCUACACGAAGAAGUGCAGGUAUGCCAUAUAUGAUGCAAGCUAUUAUCACAUCCGAGCUACAAGUAAGCUCAUCCAAAGGGCUUCAGUUUUCUAUGAGAAAGCUUAUUGAGCUUAGUCGCAUCGGAACCACAGCAGAAACGCGAACGCACUCAUUAAACAUUUUAAGAGCACUCUUUCGCUCAACUGAGCUUGGUGAUUCUAUAGGGGAAUUCGUGUCCGAUGGAAUUGAGUGCGCCAUCAACGGUUAUGAUGCAGAAUCGUGGUCGGAACGUAAUUCAUCUACGCUACUCUUCUCUGCCUUGAUGAUACGCAUAUUCGGUGUACAACGAACAAAGGAUUCUGAAAAUCUAAACAUUAGAAAUAAAAUGACCGGGCGGAUAUUUUUUUUGAGGUACCCGCAGCUGUACGAUUUUUUCAUCUUAGAGUUGGAAAAGGCCAGUCAAAUUAUCAUGAACGGUGCUAGAAGUAAAAAGCUACAUCCACUGCUUUUACUACUUAGCAGAUUGUACCCUUCUGCACUAGAAGGAAGUGAAUCAAAUUUGAAGUUGUCAAGGUUUGUUCCAAUAGUAUCUGUUUGUUCAGGCUGUGCAGAGUUACAAACGCGGUAUCUAGCGGCCAAAUUUAUUGCUAUAAUUGUUUCGCCCGAUUUGAUAUUCGACCGAAUAUUUUUACUUCUUGAGAGCUUGAAUCGAUCUAACAAUAAAGGAAUCAACCCAAAUUCCUUGCAUGGUGUGCUGUUACAAAUAUUAUAUCUAGUAAAAACUAGAACUCUUGUAGUCGUAUCGGAGUCAAGCAAUGAACUUAAUAAUUGGAUAGAGCUCUAUACAGCAAUUUCCAACUAUUUGUUUGAAGUAAAACCUAAUUUUAUCCUUUAUGGUGCCAUAAUAGAUAUUCUGAUUGAAAUUUUAGCAAGGUGCCAAAAUAUCAUUUUUGCAGAAGAUGAUCAGUUCUUGGAUGAUCUAAGUAAUAUAGUAGAUUAUUUGUUCAAUUUGACAAAGCAGAAACCUUAUUAUGGUAGCGAACUGAUUAUGCGUAAAAUAGUUCUAAUCAAAGUGGUCAUGUAUAUGUAUAACGACGAUGAAAACACACCAAGUGAUUGUUUUCUAUGUGAAAUCGAUCCUGCAAGAUACAGUUACGACUAUAUCGAGUCAGCAAUGAAUAUAAUUAUGUUGAUACUUGAUUAUGCCGUAGUUUCUGUAAACUUUGAGCAGUUUGAUAUCGACAAAAUGGAUUUGUUUUACAUUCGCCAUUUAAAUGACUGUAAACGUGUGAAAAUCAAAACAUUGCGUAACGAGUUUAUCAAAUCUUCAAGAUUUCACAAUUAUUUGAAAACAAUAAUUAAAUUAAACGUCCAACAUAGUUGUACCAUAAAAGCUUAUACGAUUUUAAGCUACAGUAUUUUGGGUGUGCAAGUGUUAAUGAGAUACCAUAACAGUAGCGAAAUGUUGAAAAUUUUAUUCGAUUCUGCGAUCUCUAAGCCUGACCAUCUUCGAGCUAGUAUAUACAAAUGUGUUAAAUGUAUAUAUCACACAGAAAUCAAAACUUCAGACAGUGUAGUCGAUAUUGAUAUUCUACCAAUCAUGGCCUCUGCUAGUCAGUGCAACAGCAUCAGGAUAACAACCAUAGAUAUUUUAAACAUAGUAUCGAGGCGAUUCUUAGAUUCUAAAUCAUUCACGUUUUACUCAAGUUUCAGUCGAGCAUUGUUAAUACUAUUGAGAGAUGAUGAUUCGGAUAUCAGAAACGAAGCUGCUCGAAUUGUCACCAAAUUGCACAACUGUUUAACCAAGACAAGAAUACAAAACCUAUUGUCAUGCUAUGCUCAAAGAGUAUAUCUUAAAGUACUUUCAAAAACUAUGUUGGCACAGAAGUUUACUGUAAAUCAAAUUUUAGCUAUUUUGUUGGUACUUAUGUCACACGAGAUGGACGAAGAUAAUGACGUGUAUUCUUCGGAUGAUUCGGAGUUUCGAGUGUUCGAUAAAAAUGAAGUGAACAUUUAUGGGGAGUCAAUCUUACUGCUCGAGUACUGUAAAGGUGAAAUACGGAGUUUAAUUUGUCGACAUAAUGUGCAUAUCGAUAGAAAUAUUGAUCAAAUUUGUAAGAUCGCUGAAAAACAUUCCAAACUGAAAAACUGUGUGUUGGCAUGCUUGGAUGAUGCUCAAAAACCUGCCAAAUUAGUUGAUAUUACUGAUGAUGAGCUUCUAUUACAAUUGGAAGAAUAAUAGUGAGAAUGCUUACUGGUAGUUUUCCUGAAUGUGUUGUAAUUAUUAGAUUUCCGAAUCCAAAAAGGAUUGCUACUAAUAAUGUGCAAUAAAUGUUUUGGUCUAGAAAAGUUA